AUGGACGAGUGCUACACGAGCCCCGAGCGCAAGCGGCCGCGGCUCCACCGCAGCCCUACCACCGCCGACGACCGUGACUGUACGGUCAUGGCGUCGUCGGCGCCCGAGGAGGCCGAGUCCCCAUGCUUCUUUGGCGACGACGUCGAUGCCAUCUUCUCGCUGCCCCCGCACAUGACGACCGGCGGUCGACCACGGAGCCUCUUUGCCAGCACUGCAAGCGAGGCCGACGACGCAACGCAGCUUGCGCCGAUUGGUGCAAUCGUCGCAGCACCUAGCAGCCAAGGCCACGACAGCUACGAUCGUUCUCUGCCCUUGUCCGACGACACCUUGGAAGGACUCAUGCUUGCGCAAGCGUCGGAAGACGCGUACUCUGGCGGCAACCCGAUCGUGUUGUCGCCCGCGUCACAGAUGUGCGUAUUGUCACACAUCGGCGCACUCGCCGCCCGGCCACCGACGCCACCACCACAGGUUGCAGUUGAGGUGCUUCCGCCUCGACGAUCAACCCAAGGGUACGGCAAGAAGAUCCUGGCGGCGGCCGUCGAGUGGGACAAUUGCAGCGAAGAUGCGUUUCUCGAAGAAGCCAGCGACCGCGACGACUGGGCUCUCGACGACCUCUCGGACAGCGAUUUCGAAUAA